AUGGCGCCAAGGCCAGAUUCAAUCUCGUCGGGAUCUCUUUCUCGAGGAUCACGACAUUCCUAUAAUGCAGUUAGCCCAAUUCAAGAUGAAAUAUCCGAGACUGAAGCCACGCGAAAUUCAGAUGAAGGUGACCAAGAGCCACAAAAGCCAACUCUCUCAGCUCCCCCGUCGGCAAGACUGCAUCGCUCCGGGUAUAUCCUAUCCAUCGUGUUUUUAUACAUUGGCUUGGCAAUCUUCGCAUGGGUGGUGACCUGCUAUUUAUCAUUCCGUCCCAUCACCACAAAGCAUUAUGACCUGCGGGCCCUUGAUAACAGCAAUUGGGCAGAGCCUGAUAGGAACUACGAAAAUCCUCUUUUCGGUCGCAAUGAACGGUGGUAUCGCGCUGCUCGAAUUAUCCAGUCUGUUGUUAGUGUUUUGACCAUUCCCCUGACCUCCGCAGUCUGCUCCAGCGCAGCAGUCAUUUUUAUUCAACAAAGGGCCCAUAAGGGUAUCACGGUCCGGCAAGUGAUGACCUUGGCAGAUAAAGGCUGGGCCGAUCUCGCGACCUACGCCAGAAUUCUUCCAUUCCUCGCCACCGAUGGGUGGAACCGGCUUGGAAGUUCAUUCCUUCUGCUGGCUAUCCUUCUGAAUCUCCUCGGUUCCGUGAUAUCGCCGCUUCAGCAAUUGUUCCUCUCGACUCGCACUAUCAAGAUACCAACUUACCCUACUUGGGUAAAUGGCCAACUGGAUAUCCCAGACCAGUUUAAAGGGAAUGCCGGUGAUGAUUCGAACCUUGUUGUGUCCAUGACACGCAGCGCUUUAACCUCAACGACAAUUUCAGAGGUCCAGUCCCAGCUCUGGCAGGGCGCCAACGUCACUUGCGUGCUCAAAUAUGGCACCCAGAAAUUGCCGCAAUCCUGCAGAUACGGCGGUAGUACUUUGGCAAAUAUUUCCCAAUUAGCGGAGCCAUUUCUGGCGGAGCUCCCGAGUGGCUAUAACACUGGACUUUAUCAGCAAUUUAUCCCGCGAUUCAAUUCGAGUGCUCAGUAUGAUAGAAUUGCCCAAACUGAAUUCCCCACCGGGUGUGACAAGAUUGACGGUGCCUUCUACGUUGGCUAUACGAACGUCACUACCGACCCCAAUGGUCUCGUGUAUACCUGGGGAAUGCAGGCGUGUAUGCCUGGGGACCUGACCACGUCGCCAUGGAAAUCGACCCGGGACCGACAAGACUUCACCGAGGAGCUUUAUUUGAAUGUGACAUUGAUUCAAUACAAUGUGAACAAACUGAACACGAACCAGCAAAAUAGUACAUUCUAUAAGGUGACACUCGACACAACUGCUGGAUAUUUUGAGCUACCGAACUAUAUGAAUGGCAAAAUUGCUGGGCCAUUGCUCGAAAAAUAUCCCAAUAGUCUUUGUGGAGAACACUGUGAGCCAGAGACGAUCAACGGCGACGAGGAGCACAAGAUUGGUGAUUUGCGGCGCGAUCUCAACACAGCGAAUGAUCCAACUCUGCCGCUAGAAGUGGUUGCCAACAAAGGUCCCUUACUGACAAUAGCUAUGGCGCUAUUCGGAGACACAUCUUUUAUUCAAAGUCGUCAGGCAUAUCCCCAAGCUUAUGCUUCCGUCAUCAAUUUUAAUGUACCUGUGGAGCAGGUCCCUGCUUAUGCAGGGUCUUGUGUCGACCUGGCUCCCCUAGCUAUUCUUCUCUCCGGAACCAGCGGGGAGCAUGACAGCACCAAUGGCAUCAGUUAUUGCAUUAGCAAUACAGAUGGAGGUGUGAAUGGCACGGAAGUUAACUCGGAAGUUGCCCAGUGGCUCUCCAAUUUCAACUACGACCAAGAACGUGUUAAGAAUGCCUUUGAAGCUGCCGCAUUUUUGGCAACCAAAGCCUGGAUGCAGAAUGGCGUCGGCCCAGCACAAAAAUCAUUGCAAGUGAAUUUCGAUCUUGGCGCGGAUACACAAAUCCCCGUCAUAUCUAGAGGUGGGCAUUAUUUUUGUUUCUAUUCUUCUUGGAUUCUAGACUCGUUUGCUAUGAUGAGAAUCGGAGCUGCCAUUGCCGAAAAGCUGCCUUUGACUGUUGGUCAGAAUAAGAAUACGAUCAAGUCCCUGGAUGAGAUUCCUGGGUGGAUUGGUGAUACAUCGGAGGAGAAGGAGCCGCUCGGGAGGUUGGGACUUGGUGCUGGGAGGUCUUUAGCUUCACGAGCGAAUCGGCGGUUUGAAUGUGAGGAGGAAGAUGACGAGGAGAUCACAACCGAAGAGAAGUACGUGACCCGGAGAGGGUUGGGAAAAUAG